GCAGAGGUCACAUAGAUAAGAACAGGCAGGGGAGGAAGAAAAAAAACCCGCCGGCGGAUCUGAGAGAGACAAAUCACUGAGAAAGUCAAGGAGAAAAGCUUGUGUGGUGGUGUGCGAGUGUGUUUGCGUGUAUGUACUGUUCUGACAGGCAUAGGUAGAUUCCUGGGAUAUUUUUUUUGAGGGUGAUAGAGGACGAAAGCGCAUUAUGGAUCAUUCGAGUCCCUUGGAGGGCCCCGUGGAACCCAAGGAAAGGAGGAAAAUCCAGUUUGCAGUCCCAGCGACGGAACCCACCCAGCUGGACCCGCGGCAGGUUGAGAUGAUUCGACGGCGAAGACCCACGCCGGCCACUUUGUUUAAAGUAGCCGAUCAAACAUCUCCUGAGGACGACAUUACCUCCCAUCAGUGGGUUGUUGGAGAGAAUGGCGUCCUCAAACCAAAGCGAAUCAACCCAAAUAUCUACCAGCCACCAUCAUUAAAAGCCGUGCAGCAGAUGGCUGAAGCUCAAAUGCAGAAAUUAGGUGUGUAUCCUCAUGUAGAGGAGGAGGAGCCUGUUCACAGAGGGGGGGCGGAGCUCUGCUCAUCCUGCACACCUGAAUCGCAGGAGCAAAGGAGCACGCCAGAAAAGCAGCCUGGCAUGAGAAAGACAGGAGCCACAGCACCGACUGAUGAGGAAGAAGAAGAGGAGGAGGAAGAAGAAGAAAAAGUUGAAGAAGAAGUGGAAGAGGAUGAUAUGGCAAAGGAGGAAAGCAGAAAUCUGGACUGAUAGAAGUUUGAGAACUUUAGUGAUUUCUUUUUUUUCGUAAUGCAAAACUUUGUUUGGAAAUCAGAAUUGUUGUUUAUUAAUUAUUGGUUUUCCGUGAUUUCAUCAUUUCGCAAAUAACAUCUGUUUGUAUAUAGGCUCAUUCUGAAAACGUAGCCCUAUAUACAUUUCUGGAGAUCGUGAAUUAUGUAGACAGAAGUACGUAUGGCUGCAUUUCGUCUUUAAAAUGAAAGCUACGGGCGGUAUGAUGCCAUUUCUUUUCACACUUACCAGCUGACUGCUUACCUCCGUAUGGACGUCUUUGCCACCAUUACCAGUUUGCCCAAUAGCUCGCCAUGUACGUUGACAGACUUGAGAAGCAGAACGGUGUUGACCGCGAUGACAGGGUUCAAAUCCAGUGAAGAACGGUUCCAGAAAGCAGGUAAGACUAAAAGAGAAGCCAAAAAAUAACAUAACUACAUAAAUAAAAGAGUGAGGAUGUGGUAAAAUCUGAAAAAGUGGUAAAAACCAGGCAAGGGCUUUUCUUUUUCUAGAUUGCUUUUGAAAACACUGUCGGUAGGGUUUAGGGAAGGUGGUGGGUGGGGGUAUCAGUCGGUCAGUCAGUCAUUCAAUCAGUCAACAGCGGCCUCUGGUGAAUUUAAAGGAGAACAGCAGGCGCGAAUGGCACUUGCGAGAGAAAUUUGAGCUCUCAAAAAGUGUACACAGCGGCCUCUGGUGGAUUUGCGAAAACAAAAACGUAGCUCCUGGGACGUUUUUGGCGCUCUCUAGAAAUGUAUAUAGGGGUGCGUAUCUAUAAUGAGCCUGGGUUGGUUUGUAUUCAGAGGGAAAACUGAAACUAGGUAAGACUGGAAUUUUCAAUCAACGUCAAAGCUUCGUUGACCCCGACAUUGCCAUCAAAUAGAGACACACAACAUAAAGUAAAAUGUAUAAUAUAAUCUGCUUUCAUACGUUCAACCAAACAGGUAUGAAUGAUUAUUUGUAUGAGCAGCGUGGUUUUGUUUAGAUCGUGUCAGUAUGUUUUAUGUUCCAUUCAUCAUUCAUAUUGUGUGUGUGUGAACAUAUGUGGGGGGAUCAAAAAAUGUCCCCACAAGUAUAGCAAUACCAGUUUAUUUUGACCUUGUGGGGACAUUUUUUGCUUUCCAUGUAGAAAAUGUUUCUUAAAUCAUAUUGAAUGAAGUGUUUUGCAAAUGUGAAACUGCAGGUUUUCUAUGAGGGUUGGGUUUAGGGGUUAUAUAGAUUAAGGGUUUAUAUAGAUUGGGAUGGGGACAGAAUAUACAGUGUGUAUUAUAAAAAUCAUGUCUAUGGGAAACCUCCAUAAAGAUAGCGGUACGUGUGAGUGCUUGUGUGUUUGGAUUUAAUCGAGUCUGCACUGCCAUCUAGUGUACAGACAGUUGUUAUACUGAAUACCAAUAAAAUCAUCUGCCAUUAACGAUAAUCCUGGAACACAUGGACAAGCUCACGAAGUAUUUAGCAGCAAUAUUGUUUAGCAUUAUUUGUUAAACCACAAACAUCCUGUUACAUUGUCCAAUGGGUAAUUUAGCAGUAACUAAAAAUAUAUUGUUGAAGACAGAACUAUUAGCCCUCCAGAAUUAUUAACCCCCCUUUAUAUUUUUUCACCAAUUUCUGUUUUAUUUUAUUUUUAUUUUUAAACAUAAUAGUUUUAAUAACUCAUUUCUAAUAUAUGAUUUAUUUUACUUUUGUUAUGAUGACAGUAAAUAAUAUUUGACUACAUAUGUUUCAAGAUUCUAGUAUUCAGCUUAAAGUGACAUUAAAAGGCUUAACUAGGUUAAUAAGGUUAACUAGGCAGGUUAGGGUAAUUAGGCAAGUCAUUGUAUAACAGUGGUUUGUUCUGUAGACUAUCGAAAAAAUAUUGUUUAAGGAGGCCAAUAAAAUGGUUUUACUGUACUUAAAAUGGUUUUUAAAAUAUUAAAAUGUAUGUUUAUAAUUAUUAAUAAAAAAUAUGUAUUUGAAAAGAAUUAUACAUAAUGCAAAAUAAUUAAUGUAAUUGAAAAAUUUUAAUAUCUCUGGAUUUACAGAUUUUAUUAGAUCUGGAUUAGAGUAAACAGUUUGUAUUUGUUUUAUUCUGGUCUGAACUCAGAUAGCAAGGUCUGAUAACGUUUGUUUUUUCUAAAGGUAAAACAUUGGUAUUGUGUUCUAGAUUUGAAUACACACAUCUGAAAAUAUGGCACAUUUUUAUUUGAUGCAAAAGCAAUUCCUUGAAAUUAUCUUAUAUUUAUAAAUGUGUAUUUUUUACAUUUGGAAAUAAUGUCAACAGUAGUACAAAAUUACAUUUUACUCAAACACAACUACUAUUAAUUUUUAUUAAAAUUAUAAAAAAAGACAUUUGAAAAUGUUAAAAUUGUUAUAUAUUUAAAUGCUUAAUAUUACUUUAUAUUUAUUUUAAAACACAAUUUCUUAUAUACAGUUGGAGUCAGAAUGAUUAGCCCCCCUGAAUUAUUAGCCCCCCUGUUUAUUUUUUCCCCAAUUUUUGUUUAACGGAAAGAUUUUUUCAACAUAUUUCUGAACAUAAUAGUUUUAAUGACUUGUUUCUAAUAACUCAUUGAACCACACAGAACCUAAAGGUUACACUUUCAAAUUUGAGUUUCCAAAAAAAAAAGUGCCUCUUUUUUAAAGGGGUUUAUUAUAACACAGACAACAUAUACAAUUAUUUGAAUCACUUUCAACAGUGUUUUCUGAAAAUUCAAAGGGUUUUCUCUAAAAUGAUACCAAACCUUUGCAUUUACACCGCUGCAUGCGGAUUUGGGAAGCAUUUGAAUUUGGGUAGGCAAAAUCCAGGCAGAAACCCCAAAAUAACACUCAGAAAUUUUCACAGUAUUUCCUAUAAUAUUUUUUCUUCAGGAGAAGGUCUUUUUUUUCGGCUAGAAUAUAAGCAGUUUAAAAAAAAAAAAUUGUCAUUAUUAUUAGCCAUCUUAAGCAAUAUUUUUAAUUGUCUACAGAACAAACCAUCAUUAUACAAUGAUUUGGCUAUUACUAACCUAGUUAAGCCUUUAAAUGUCACUUUAAGCUGAAUUCUAGUGUCUUGAAAAAAUCUAGUAAAAUAUUAUUUACUGUCAUCAAGAUAAAGAUAAAAAAUCAGUUAUUAGAAAUGAGUUAUUAAAACAUUUAUGUUUAGAAAUGUUUAAUGUUUAAAAAUCUUAUUUCCGUUAAAUUGGGGGAAAAUAUACGGGGGGCUAAUCAUUCUGACUUCAACUGUAUAUAAGCCGUUUCAAGAUCACAUGACCAGUCAUAGUAUUUGGCUUUAUGUCUGUAAAUCCACUUUUUCGCCAUGUGGAAAAACCUCCUCAUGGCCGACUGUAAAUAUCUCAUUCAUACAAUCUUGUGUUUGUGAUUCAUUUGUGUUUCGUCCAUCACGUUGUGAUCAAAGCUGCUAUAAACAUCACAUUUGCAUACUGGAUGGAAUUUGCAUUUCUUGAUAUUGCUGUAUUUGGUUACAGAUAACAACAAGUCCAAAUUCAGUGCCUCGGGGGGUGACAGAUAUCAGAAACGAGUAUAUCAUUUCAGUCGAUUUACUGUAGUAAACAACUCGCGUUAAUAGUAGCCGUAUAACUUAUUACCUACCUUUAGUUUUUAGUUUCUUCCUUAGCAGACGUCUUUUAAGGGAAAAAUGUUGAACUAUUUUUAAAAAUGAUUGAUUAAUAUGAGAAUCCUACAGCCACGUAAUGCUUUUUUAAGAAACUGUAACUGCUUUAUAUUGAAUAUGAUCAUAUUUGUAUGCGUAUACAGUAUAUAUACAGUAUAUAAUCCUCCGAAGCUCAUGCAGGAACUUGUUGUUGAUUUUUGAUUGAUGUACAAUAAUAGAAAAUUUACCAAAUAAGUAAAUGCAUCCACAGGUACUAUGGAGGUGAUUUAGGUUAAAGUCUCUGUAUCAAUAAAUGUAUUUUCACUGAA